AUGAAUGACUGUAAGCCUCGUGGUGUUCCAGCUGACCCAUUCUCUCAUCUCAUCAAGAAUUCAUCUGCCAACGAGAUCCCAUUUCCGUACCGAGAAGCUGUAGGCUCACUCAUGUUUACCUCCAUCUGCACGCGCCCGGAUAUAUCGUUUGCCGUUAAUCAAGUGGCGCAGUUUUCCAAAAACCCCAACCAGAUUCACUGGGAAGCAGCGAGAAGGAUUAUUGUCUACUUUAUAGGUAGUGCUGACCAAGGGAUCAACUACACUGGAAACGGAGAAAGUAUUCUGACGGCCUACACAGACGUAGACUUCACCGGAGAUGUUAAUGGACGGCGAUCAACCAUGGGCAACAUCUUCUUGAUCAACGGAGGAGCGGUGGCUUUGUCGAGUCAGCGACAGAAAUGUGUAGCUCUGUCAACCACAGAAACCGAGUAUGUCGCGGCGAAUAUGGCCACCGAAGAGAUUGCGUGGCUGAGAAGUCUCCUCAAGGACAUCGGCUGCAAACAAGAUCGUCCCACCAGACUGCUUUGUGACAAUCAGAGCACGAUACGCUUGAUGCGGAACCCAGAGUUUCAUCAGCACACCAAGCAUAUCGACGUCAAAUAUCACUACAUCCGGAACAUGCAAGAAGAGGGAGCAGUGAACGUCACUUACGUGAAGACAACUAGUCAUCUAGCUAAUGGCCUAACAAAAACACCGAAUGAACAAAAAAUUUCCAAAUUUAAAUUCGAUAUGAGUAUGUGUUCCCGUGCUGUAAUCUGA